GAGGCAGAUAAACACUGAGACUUCCUCCCUUUUGAUUUACAUGGGAGUUGCCGCAUCAAGGCACUUCUGCAAAUUCCACUUGUUGCCUAUCUGCAUCUUCAGGUGCCUGAAAACCUGGCCAUUGAACAAAUAGCCUGUAAGGGAUUACAAAAAUAAAAAUAGCUAUGUAACUAGUUACAUGCCAGUCCAAACACUUCUAUCUUGUCACAUAGCUGAGCAGUUUCACUAUAGCUGCACAUUUUGAUAUUAACUAAGUGAAUCUUUGGUUACUUUUUUGGCCCUUUUUGGAGGGAAUUUAUGCGAUCCAUACCAUACAUAUAGGGGGUGAAAGCUAACCAUUUUGCCAGUGUAAUAUGAAAGAUUUACAAGAGCUGAAAAGAAACCACUUUUCUGUGGAGGCAUCUGAAGGCUAUUGCACUUUAAAGGAAAAUGUCUUCUUUUUCAAAAAUAUUACUGCAACCAGAAGUUGAAGAAUACCUUGGGCAUGUGUUUAGAAAUAAGGAGCUCAUAAGUGCUUUAGGCACUCUGGAAGCAGAGAGGAAAUAUGAAUCUCUGUUAAAUUGUCUAUCUCAUCCUCCAGCUUUCACAACUGUUAGAGUUAACACUCACUUGGCUUCAGUGAAACAAGUGAAAAAUCUGCUGUUUGAAGAGAUCCACAAGCAGUUUAAAGAUCUUAGUGUACCAGUUCUUCAGCACCCAGAACUCCAGGACCUCCUACUUAUUCCUGUCAUUGGACCCAGGAAGGAUCUACAAAAGCAAUCAUCUGAAGUCAUUGUUGGAGCCCAGUGUGGGAAUUCAGUGCUACGAGGAGCGCAUGUCUUCGUUCCAGGAAUCAUAUCUGCUUCAAAAUUUAUGAAAGCUGGAGAUGUGGUCUCUGUAUACUCUGAUAUUGAAGGGAAGUGUAAAAGAGGAGCCAAAGUAUUUCUGGGAACCAAAGUUUUUAUUGGAAAUGGGAUUUCUGAAUUGAGUCGCAGUGAAAUCUUCAGUUCAAGUGGCUCACUCAAAGGAAUAGGUAUAAGAAUGACAGACCCAGUCUACCUUAGUCCUUCGUUGGAUAAUGUGCUGUCCAGUUAUUUGUUUUUGCAGAACUUGCCCUCUGCAGUUGUAAGCCAUGUUUUAAAUCCUCAGCCAGGAGAGAGAAUUCUGGACAUGUGUGCUGCACCUGGGGGAAAAACAACCCAUCUUGCAACAUUAAUGCAUGAUCAGGGUGAAGUGAUAGCCAUGGACAAGAUAGCUAACAAAGUCAAAAAAAUCAAGCAGAAUGCGGCAUUGUUGCAGCUGAAUUGUGUUAAAGCAUUUUGCUGUGAUGGAACUAAGGUACUUGCCACUGGGAAGAAAGAAGAUGGGCAAGGUGCUGUAUUGAUGACUCUGGUUCUGUUUCCAGGAUGGAAAUUUUUAAAUGAAGGCCCUCCAUUCUCAGCAGAGUCAUUUGAUCGAAUUCUUCUUGAUGUUCCUUGUAGUGGGAUGGGACAGAGACCAAAUAUGGCCUAUUUCUGGACUCUAAAAGAAGUGAUGUCUUAUCAGCCAUUGCAACGCAAGCUUUUCAGCACGGCAGUGAAAUUGCUGAAGCCAGGGGGCACUUUGGUGUAUAGUACAUGUACAAUUACACUGUCUGAAAAUGAGGAGCAGGUCGCCUGGGCCCUGGAAACUUUUCCCUGCCUCCAGCUUCAAUCACAGGAACCACAUAUUGGAGGAGAAGGCAUGAUGGGAGCUGGAUUGUCACUUGAUCAGCUGAAGCUGCUGCAAAGGUUUGAUCCAUCCAGUGUGACUUCACGUGAAAUGGAUAUUAACUCUUUGCAGGAUUCCAGGGAAGACGACCUGAUCUUGCUGGCAAAUAAAGACUGUAUAGGAUUUUUUAUUGCAAAAUUUAUUAAAUUGAACAGCAAAUAGACAUUUAGCAACACAAUCCGAAAAAACACCUUUUGAGUUAAGAAUGGUCCAACUGUUAACUGCGUCUUCUCAUGCAUUGUUGUCAAGCUAACAGGCUGAUGACAUGAUUUCUAUAGCAGCCGUAAAAUCUCCUAGCUGUUUUACUGAGACAGAGCCACAGAUUUGGAACAAGAAAGUCACAGUUGCAGGAGUGUGGAUUCAUUUUUAUGUCUCCAUUAGCUUUUGUAUUUAUAGUAGGUCCAUGGUGGAAGGAAAGGUAAAUGGAUUCAGAUUACUGGUUGUUGACUUAGUGUACAGUAUUGCACAUUUAGAUUACUGCUUGUUUUCUGUUUUAACUUGUUGGUUUAAUGUGUACGGUAUUGCAUAGGAACAGGUUUUGCUAUGGGAAUUUAAAUGUUAUAAAACGCAAAAAAAUCCAUAUUAAGUACACUGAAAAAUAAAAGUCAAAUUUUGUAAAGAAUGAUAGUUUCUAUAGUGAUGUGAAAUAGUUGCAUUUCACAAAGAGCUGUUUUAUAAAUUAAUAAUUAUAACAUCUCAUCUUCUUUAUCUUACUAUAAGCAAGAUUCUCUGUUCAUAUUAUAGACACACAAUACAAUAGGCUUUGUAGCAUGUAUUUUACAGCAGCAUAUGUAUACUGCCCCUCUCCCUUCAGGGAAUGAAAGAUACAGUGCUUCAAGGUCAAAUUUGCCAUUUGUAAGCCUGGAGCAGUCCAGACACAGCACUGCUGGACUGAUUGACUAGGGACAGUUUUAAAGUCCAAUAUCACUUGCACCAUGAGGGCUACAGUCUAAUAAUAUAUGCCAUUGGGAUAGUGACUAUCUCAGCUUUUUCAUGGCACAGAGUAUCACAUUCCUGUCUCUACCUGGCAGAUUGUGACAUCUAAUCCUAUAAUUACAGAAUCAUAGAAAUAUAGGGCUGGAAGGAACCUCACGGUCAUCAAGCGCAGGUCCCUGCACUGAGGC